AAUGGCCAUCAAAUGUUCUUCCAACUAAUGUAUUCCAGAAGAAUUCAAAUCUCCUUCCAAAAUUACAAUGGCUUUCUUGGCAUAAUAUUCACCCAACAUUUGAGAUUGCAAAUUUCUCCGUAGAGAAUUUGAUUAUCCUUGAUCUAUCUCGGAGUGAAAUUACUCAUGAUUGGAAGGGGUGGAGCCACAUGAAGGUGAUUAAGAAUUUGAAAGUUCUGAAUUUGGACUAUUGCCAAUGCUUGAAGAGAACCCCCAACUUCUCAACUCAUUCAAAUUUAGAACAUUUGAUCCUAUCAAACUGUGACUCAUUAAUCAAAAUUGAUAGAUCAAUUUGUCAGUUGAAACGCUUGGUUUUCUUAGAUGUAAGCGGUUGUUGGAGUCUUCAGAGGCUGCCAAAUGAGCUGGGAGAUCUUGCAAGCCUCAAAUACCUAUCUCUAAGUGGAUGCUCGAGUUUGAAGAGGCUUCCGGAGACAAUCGGGAAUUUGGAAUCGCUGAUUGAGUUGAACAUAAGUUCCACGAGAAUCAAAGAACUACCCGAUUCCAUCAAAAAGUUGAAGAAUUUGAAAAUAGUGAAUAUCAAGUAUGGUGACAUAGGCAAAAUACACGAUACCUUUUGGACAAUGGAGAAACUUGAAAAAAUAACAAUCAUCCUGGAGGAUUAUCAUUACGGGGGUUUACACGUGAAAUUUGGUGAUUGCAUCUAUGAGAAUAAAUCCUUGAGGAUCUUGAGAUUGUCAGGAGUGGAAAUACACGCCCUACCAAGGCUUCCUGAAAGUCUCAUCGAAUUAGAAGUGGAGGAGUUGAGGGUGGACACGUUUCCGGAUCUCUCAAAUCUCGCUAACUUAAAGGUAUUGCAUCUAGGCUUUGGCCCACCUAAUUGUGAUGGGAAAUCUUAUGGGCUUCUGGAAGAACCGAUACCACGGUGGAUUGGGAACUUAAGCAAAUUGGAAUCUCUGAAACUCUCUUUUUAGGGGGACCGCCUCAUCGAUAGACCUCGAGCCUCCCUCCUCAUCCGCGUCGCCUCCCGAGGCUUCCCUCAAAUUUAUCCUCCUUACGUCUCUCGUGGUUGCGACUCACUUUGCUCGAUGGAUCUAUCGAAUUUGAGGAAACUAUCGUCUCUCGACGUUUGCUGCUCUGCAGUUGCAAAGAUUGAAGGCCUUGGUUGUUUGGAGAACCUACGAGAUUUGAACCUUCACAACGUCGGACAGCUGGCGAUGCUACCUGAUCUAAGCAAGUUAAACAAGCUAAGGCGUAUUAAAGUAUCGAUUGUGCGUAAUCUGGUUGAGAUUCAAGGCGAACUACCGCGGUUUUUGGAUGAACUUACAAUUGGUUCCCGUGAUUCGUUACAGGAGUUCCCCGAUCCGUUCAGCAUAAUGGGUAAGACACGUGUUUAUGUGUUUGUGCGUGCUGGCAAUCAGAUGUUUGAAUAUUUAAGUGGAAAUCGGUUGCAGCUUUCUGGCAUUAAACAUAUGCAGAUCCCUGAUCUAAGCAAUAUGGAUGGAAUAACACUUCUUAGAGUAAAAUCUUGUCAUAAUCUGGUUGAGAUUCAAGGCGAACUACCCCAAUCUUUGGAUUGUAACAU